CGCGAGCAUCUCUCCGUCUCUCUUGCAUCGCCAAGGGAGAGACUCCGGUGUUUCUCGCUCGCUCGCUCGCUUCGGCCUGCCAACCGCGCGCCCGUCCUCCGGGCACGUGCGACAGGGAGGAGGAAGGAAGGAGAAGGAGGGAAAAGGGAAUUCGAGGGUGAGAAUAAGCGCGAAACCGAUGCGAGCGAAGAGAGCUGAGUCGGUCCGGGAAGGUGCGCCUUGAUGAUCGCGGAGAGGAGCCCGCUCGCGGGAAAGGGUCGCGCAAAGUGGAGCGAGAAGCGGAAUUCGCGGCAUCCCUCCGUCAUCCCGGGCGAAUAGAAGCCGCGCGAAGACGCGGUGAAAAUAGCGGUGGUGGGCCGCGAGGUCGCCUGGGAAAAUAGCGUUCGCGAAUCGAAAAGCCCGUCGGAGAAGAGCGGUGGUGCAGUCACUCGGUUACUCAGUCAGUCAGUCGGUCGGUCGGUCCAGUCGAUUUCCCGCGAGGUCGUCGCGGCGAACCGAUCUUCCGAGGAAGAUCCGCGCGCGGUAUCGGCCGAGGCGCACAGUGGGGUGAUUAUUCUCCCAGGAGAAUCGUCCGCGUUAAGAACAGCGACGGGGGUGGGUAGGCUGUAUCUUGUCAACGCGGUGAUAUCGGAUCGGGGCGAGAGAGGGAAGAAAAGGGAGAGAGAACUUUGCGGGAACAUCCGUCCUAUCGAUCCGCUCGGGAAAAAGUGAGCAUCUUCUCCGCGAGAUCCUCCGCGAAUCCCCCGAGGGUUCCGCUCUCACGCCGACACCCGGGGAGCAGCGCUCGGGUCAUAGGUCGCGACGCGUCCUCGUCCGAAAAUCGCUUCCCCGCGAUCGAUCUUCCGAUCGUCCUCCCGACCGAGCAAGUCGACGAGCGCGCGAGCCGCCGAUAAUCCCGCCAUGAAGCGUCAAGUGCCGCGCACCCUGUGAUAAGAGAAGGCAGGUCCGCGCGAAACGGAGAAGCUGGCAUCGGCGUGGCGGUGGCGGCGACGGCGGCGGUGACGACGGCGGCCGACGGUGGGGGCACGCGGCCAGACGGAGGAUCGAUGGAUCUGUAAUGCGUGCAAAGUGCGAUCCGGCGUGCACGACGACGACGACACGGAUACCCAGAUACCGCAGAUCGGGUCGCGGCGGGCGGAGGAGGCGCGCCGGAGAGGAGGAUCGGACGGAGAGGCGGAAUAGGGGCGAAUGAGUACUUUUCGAGGUUAUCUCUCGGGGGGGAGCGCACGUCGGGACGGAUUCUCGGCGAUAUUAACGACGACGACGACGUGAUCUCGUCCGAGCGCGGCUCUCGCUGGUGACCGAGUGAGAGAAGAGAGCGAAAGGGGCGAGCAGGAGGUACGCAAAAGUGAGCAGGACCGCCGACGACGAGGAGGCGAGAGAGCGGAAGGCGCGCAGAGCGUGUGUGUGUCGUCGCCGUGUUGCCCUCGCCGAGGAAGCGGCAGCGCGUCGCAGAGCGCGCGCGGAGGCUAUUGCUAUUUUCGAGCCCGCCAAAUAUCUCGGGUACAACCGCGCCGUCGAGGCUGUGUUCUCUCGCUCCUCUUCUCCCGUCCCGCUCUGCUCUCUGUCUCGCUACCGAAACGAGUGUUCCCCUCUCGCGUUGAUUCGCCUCUCGCAGCGGCAACGGCGGCGGUAACGGCAGCGUCGAUUCUGCACACCGACGAGUCAACCGCGCGCGCGCGCGCGCGCUUCGACGAUCAGCAUCGGAUCACGUGACAGCGAGGCGACUCAGUAGCCCUUGCGAACAACGACGGGCUCUCCCAGUAGAGCACAGUUAUCGCCGAUUUAUUAUUUGGAUCACGGUCGGUUACCUCCGCGCCGUAGACGACGAAGAGCGGCUAAUGACGUUCUUCCACGAGUCUCGAGCCGGCGAGAAGCGACAAAAAGUUGGCGUCGACUUCGUAUAACUGGCACCUAUCGCAAGGGGGAAACGAGAAUUCACCUUCCAGUUCCUCCGUCCCUUCGGCCUUCCCUUCUCGCUGAGUCCGAGGAAGAGUUCGCGGAUUCUUCCGAACGGCGAUUGGCCGUUCGAAUGUAAACCUCGCGGGCGGCCAGCGAGUUCCUCCGACGAGGGCUAGGAAUCCGGGUUAGAAUUCCGGGAGGAUUCGCCGGACGGACAGGGGAGGAAGGCGCGCAAAGGAAGCGAUAGAACAUCGCGUCGCGUCGCAAGCAUCGAAAUCGCGGCGGAAUAAUGGCGGGCGAGGACACGCAGAUCCUGUCAAACGGUAACGUCGAGGCGCUCACGAUCAUUCCGCCGAAGAUGGCAAACGGAAACGGGCUGAUCUGCGCUAAGCAGCACAACAACAACGGCUCCAUACCGAACGGCAACCUGCACGGCAUCGGCGGCACGGAGAACGGCAAGUUGAUCGUGCCGGACGAGAAGUCGAGCAGCCUUCAUACGGAGUUCGACGACGCCGACGUGUCCUGCGGAUGGGGCCCCUGCAGGCCCCACUGGUUGCAAUACUUCGCCACCAAGCAGGCCUUCCUGGUGACCUUCUGCAUCACCUGGGUGCUUCAGGGCAUGUACUACACGUACUUCGUUUCCGUCAUCACGACAAUAGAGAAGCUCUUCCAAAUCCAGUCGAAGACGACGGGCAUCAUCAUGUCGGCGACGGAGAUCGGUCAGAUCGGCUCCUCCUUGCUGCUGACGUACUACGGCGGCCAAGGUCACCGGCCCAAGUGGAUAGCCUGGGGCAUGAUCCUCUUCGCCGUGAGCUCGUUCACCUGCUCGAUACCCCAUUUUAUUUUCGGCGAACAGCUGAUUCACCAGAACGAAAUGCUGUUCAGCGGUGUCGGGCCCGGCGGUGAGGGCGGAGGACCCAACAAUACCGACCCGAUACCGGCGAACCUCUGCAAGUUCCAGGAAAGGUCGGAGAACAGCACGCUGGACGGGUGGAUCCCGGCGACGACCGCGCCGCAAACCGACUCGACGGAGUAUUGCGAGGGCGAUUUCCUCACGGAGCAAAGGAUACAGAGCAAGAUCACCACGGUGGUGCUCGCGAUAUUUUUCGUAUCGCUGCUCGGCGUAGGAAUGGGCCAAACGGCGGUCUAUACACUAGGUAUACCGUACAUCGACGAUAACGUGGCCAGCAGAGAGAGCCCCUUGUAUUUUGCAAUUACCAUCGGAGUGCGGAUCCUCGGUCCGGCGUUGGGAUUCAUUCUGGGUUCUGUGUGUACCAUGCUGUACGCGAACCUGUCCGUGAAUCCGCAGAUCACGCCGACGGAUCCACGAUGGGUCGGCGCUUGGUGGCUCGGUUUGGUGCUAAUAUCGGCGAUGCUGAUGCUGGUCAGUAUAGGAAUGUUCGCGUUCCCGACGCGGUUGCCCAAGAGCAGAACACCGCCGAGACGAGCGGACGCCCCAAAGCCUAGUCUCCGAGACUUUCCUAAUGCGGUGAAGAGGCUACUGAAGAACGACAUCCUCAUGUUCAGGACGGCCAGCAGCGUGCUGCACAUCCUGCCGAUCGCCGGUCUCUACACCUUCCUGCCAAAGUACCUCGAGAGCCAAUUUCGCCUGCCAGCUCAUCAUGCGAACAUGAUCUCAGGUGUCGGUGGUAUUCUAGUGAUGGGAUUGGGUAUCAUAAUUAGCGGAGUAUUUAUCUUGAGGGCGAAGCCUAACGCCAGGUUCGUCGCAGCCUGGAUCGCCUUCACUGCGGUCGUAUACGCGAUCGGCAUGGGCGUGCUGAUGUUCAUCGGCUGCCCGAUGGACGAUUUCGCCGGACUCGUGUCGCAUUCCGACGGAAUUUCCAGCUUCGAGCCAACCUGCGAGGCCACCUGCGACUGCGAUCGGAACAAAUUCAGUCCAAUCUGCGGCGUCGACGGCAGAACGUAUUUCUCCGCGUGUCACGCGGGCUGCUCGAAUUAUACGGUUGUUGACGGCAAAGUAGCAUCGUUUUCCAACUGUCAGUGCAUCGGACAGAACAUAACGAUACCGGAAGCAGUGAGCACAGCGACGAUAGGUUACUGCGAGCUGGAGUGCAGUAACUUUUGGGUUUAUAUGAUCCUGUUCUCGGUCUUCGUUUUUAUCCACUCGACCAGCGAGGUGGGCUCCAUGCUGCUCAUUCUGCGAUGCGUGGAUCCCAGGGACAAGGCCAUGGCGCUCGGCCUGAUACAGUUUGCCAUCGGCUUGUUCGGCAAUGUUCCGUGCCCUAUCGUUUACGGUGCUGUGGUGGAUUCCGCUUGUCUCGUAUGGGAGUACGCUUGCGGCGAGCGGGGCGCCUGCUGGCUCUACGAUUCGAACGUCUUCAGGAUGUUCUAUCAUGGCACGACCGGCGGUAUCCUCGUGCUGGCCUUCGUGGUGGACAUAGUCGUCUGGUACAAGGCCGGCAGCAUAAGCUUCGUGGAGGAGCAGGAGGGCGAGGAGGGCACCGCGGAGGAAAUGGCGACGUUGAAGUCGCAGGACGCUCAGGCGGUCGAGAACGAUUAUUUGUGAAGGUU